GCAGUCAAGCCAUUGCAUCCUCUACAACCCUCAAUUCAUCAUGAGCUCCCUUCGCAUCGCCAGAGCCGCCCUCCGCGUCAGGCCCACUACUGCCCUCCGCCCCAUCCAGCGAAGGGGAUACGCCGACGUCGCCUCAGACAACAUCAAGCUCUCCCUCACUCUUCCUCACCAGGCCAUCUACAAGUCGCAAGAUGUUGUCCAGGUCAACCUUGCCGCCGAGACUGGAGAUAUGGGUGUUUUGGCCAACCACGUCCCCUCAAUCGAACAGUUGAAGCCCGGUCUCAUUGAAAUCAUCGAGGAGAGUGGCGGCAGCAAGCAGUUCUUCCUUUCUGGUGGAUUUGCCGUCGUACAGCCCAACUCCCAUCUCAGCAUCAACGCUGUUGAGGGUUUCCCCUUGGAGGACUUCAGCGCCGACGCCGUCCGAAACCAGAUCGCAGAGGCUCAGAAGAUUGCCAGCGGAAACGGCAGUGAGCAGGAUGUUGCUGAGGCCAAGAUUGAGCUCGAGGUUUUGGAGACCCUCCAGGCCGCAUUGAAAUAAGCGCGUGUAAAUAGCUUUUCUUUGGCAUUGCGUGAUGUGUACACUAGGAGAAGCGGACAGGCGACUGCCCACUACAGACACAAGAUAGAAGGCGCUCUCUGGCCGUAAAACACUUACAUCCAAAAACCUACUUCCACCCAUCCAAACACUAUCUUCUACUCGAGUCGCACAUUGACUAUUGCGACCACAACAUUCUCGUUCACGCCCUAUGUACCCUUAUUUUUUCCUAUUGUUUUAACACUUUGACAUCUGUUUAGCUCUUCUAUUCGAACGCUGCCAUACUCGACCCUCGCAACAGCACC